AUGUCUGAAAAUCGUGAAGACGUAAGGAAAUCCCGAAGAUCCAAUGCCGGUAUGCACAGUAAACGUGACGACAAUUUUCUAUGGGAGUCACAACAGAAAGAAGUUACGGUACCGGAGGAAGAAUUGGUGGAUGAUGUUCCUCAGCUGUCAUCAGCGAGUAAGUCUCUUCAGGAAGGUGUUAGAAUGAAGGCUGGAAAUGAAGAUGGGGUACGUUCCGAGAUUACAAGAGGCAAAUCAUCAAGAGAAUCAGAUAAAACCAAAUAUUCCAACAAGAAAUCAAGUACGUCCAAGGUGUCAUCUACGAAGAAAUUGGAGAUUGAAAAGAAGCGUUUGGCACUUGCGACAGAAAAGGCUAAGGCUGAACUGAUGAUGAAGAAACAGCAGUUAGACAAUGAGAUGAGAAUUCUGCAGUUGGAAAGGGAUUUGGCAGAAGCUGAACUGGAUGAUGCCGAUUUUUCUCAAUGUAGUGAGGCUAGAGAAGAAAUUGAUAUUGUAAGUACGAAUACUGAAGAGAAAAAGGUGCAAGUAGAAAAAUGGAUUGAAAAAUGUGAGUAUCCAUCCAAUAUAUCACAAGAUGAUUUCAAUAGACAGAGUGAUAUGGAUAAAUUAUGUAACGUUAUUGCAGAUGCGAUAAAAUCUGUCUCAAGUCCUCAGGUCAAAUCAAUUCCUCAUGAAGUACUGAGUAGGCAAGUAUUUGACAAGGAUUUUUUAUUCUUUGAUGGCAAGCCCGAGGAUUGGCCGAUGUUUAAAAGCCAAUUUGAAAGAAAAGUUGCUACGUGUCUCUACUCCGAUGAUGAAAUUAUGUUAAAAUUGCAGAGAUGUUUAAAAGGAGAAGCCUUGGAAGCAGUGAGAAGUCUGUUGUUGCACCCAGGUAAUGUUGCUUUUGUCAUCCAAACUCUGGAAAUGAGAUUUGGUCGUUCUGAAUUUAUCAUUAAGAGCUUGAUCAACAAGAUUCAGAAUUUUCCUCCAGUAAAAGAUGGUGACUUUUCUAAUAUUAUUAAAUUUUCAUGCAAUGUCAACAACUUGGUGGCCACUUUGGAGACCCUUGAAGCUGGAAAUCACGUUGAAAACCCAUCACUACUGGAGCAGCUGGUGGCGAAACUUCCUAACGGAUUGAAAUUGACUUGGGGGCAAGUACUUGUGAAGCAAAAAGGUAAAGCCAAUGUGAAAGAUUUCGGAUUAUGGGUCAAUGAGAUUUCGUCAGCUGCUUGUUAUGUAAGUUCCCCAACCUUUUCUCAUUCUGAUCAUGGAAGAAGAUACAACAAUCAAUCAUCUGAUUUCAAGAGACACAAUAGUAAUGAACGCACAAAUAAACUAGUUUUACACACGACAGAGAAUAAUCAUGACAAUGAAAAAUGUCUUUAUUGCGAAAAAACUGAUCAUUCAAUUUUAAGUUGCCCUUUAAUGUUGAAAGAUUCUGUUGAUGAACGUUGGAAGAAAAUCUUGGCACUGAAAGUUUGUUUUAAAUGUUUGAAACGGGGACAUUCAAAAAUGUUCUGCAAAUCUCGAAAAAAUUGCGGAAUUGAUAGUUGUAGAAGACCUCAUCACCAUUUAUUACAUCAAAUUAAGCCAAAACUUGAAAUAGUACCAGAAAAAGUAGAAGAAUCCAGCGAAUCCUCUUCAGAAAUCAAAAUUCAAAGAGUGUGUCUUACUGAAUAUAAUGACUCACAUGUUCUUCUGCGAAUUAUUCCUGUAAGAAUUUUUGGACCCGAAAAGUGUUUCGAUACGUACGCUUUAUUUGACGAAGGUUCAACAAUUUCAUUGAUCGAGACUGAAGUUGCGGAACAAUUACAGUUACCGGGAAAAAAUGAAUCAUUCUGUAUGCAAUGGGCGAAUGAUAUUGUACUGCACAAUGAGGAUUCAAAAUCAGUUGAACUUCAUAUUUCAGGAAUGAACGACAAUUCGAAAAUUUUCAGAAUGGCAAAUGUGAAAACUGUAAAAAAUUUAUCAUUGCCUACUCAGACUGUCUUGAUGAGUGACUUCAGUAAGCAUCCACAUUUGCGCGAUUUACCAAUUCAAGAAAUGAUUAAAGCUAAACCAACUAUUCUUAUCGGACAGGAUAAUAUUAAUCUUACUGUGGCGCGAAAAGUUUGCCAAGGUCCUGAUGAAAAAGAUCCGAUCGCUACAAAAACUAACUUAGGAUGGGUAUUGCAUGGAAAUGUUGAUAUUGGUGCAAUUAAUCAAACUAGUUUCAAUUUUCACAUUUGUAAUUGCGAAAGUGAAUUGAACUCAUUGAUCAAGGAAUCAUUUUCUAUUGAUUCAUUUGGUGUUUGCGUCACUAAUACGAGAAUUAAUUCAGCAGAACGCAGAGCAAUCCAAAUUUUAGAAAAAACAACAAAAUACAUAGAAAAUGAAAAACGAUAUGAAACUGGUUUGAUAUGGAAAUUUGAUGACAUUACACUUCCCGAGAGUAAAUUGAAUGCUUACAGUCGUUUGUUGUGUGUAGAGAGAAAGAUGCUGAGAGAUAAAACUUAUUUUGAACAAUAUUGCAAUAAGAUUAAUAAUUAUUUGGAAAAAGGUUACAUACGAAAAUUGAGUAGAGAAGAAGCCGCUGUAGAGAAUAGUAGGACUUGGUAUCUCCCACAUUUUGGUGUCGUAAACCCAAACAAACCCAAAAAAUUCCGUUUAGUUUUUGACGCUGCAGCCAGAAGUCACGGGACUAGCCUCAAUGAAAAUCUUUUGCAGGGACCUGAUUUUUUGAAUUUUCUACCGGGUGUUCUGAUGCGAUUCCGCCGUUUUGAGUUUGCCUUUUGUGGCGAUAUUGCUGAGAUGUUUCACCAAGUGAAGAUCAGAGCAGAUGAUAGAUGUUCUCAGCGAUUCCUUUGGCGAGAUGGCAUUCAGAAAAAUACUGCAGACAUAUACGAGAUGCAAGUGAUGAUAUUCGGCGCUGCAUGUUCUCCUUGUUCUGCACAAUUUGUCGUAAAUUUGAAUGUCAAGGAGUCGAAAAGGUUUUCUCAUUUAGCUAGAGAUGUCGAGAGAAACUUCUACAUGGACGAUUAUCUCGAUUCUUGUGUGAGUGAAGAGAAUGUCUGUGAUAAGAUACAAGAAAUCAGCGAGCUUCAUAAAGAGGGAGGAUUCAAUAUAGUGAACUGGGUGUCGAAUUCUCAUAUGGUCAGUCAGAAACACGGUGAUAAAAUGUUACAGAAAGAUUUGAAUAAGAGUGCAUUAGACAGAGUGUUAGGUAUUUGGUGGGACACAAAAUUUGACAAUUUUACCUUCAAACUUGUAUUUCACAAGGUGCCUGAGAAGAUCAUAGCUGGUAUGGAAAUACCGACAAAGAGACAAGUUUUAAAAUUAGUAAUGUCAAUUUUUGAUCCGGUAGGUCUCUUAACGUGUCUCAUUAUUAAAGGUCGAAUCAUUUUGCAACAAAUCUGGAGGUGUGGAAUAACGUGGGAUGAUGCAAUUCCUGAUAGCAUUCACUAUGAUUGGUUGGAGUGGUUGAAAAGUCUAAAAAACAUUUCCUCUCUCACUAUACCACGUUGUUACUCACGUUCACUACCGAGUGCCAAGUUGAUGGAAAUACACAUAUUUGGCGAUGCUAGCGAGGAAGCAUUCGCAGCAGUAGCAUACCUUAGGAUUGUCUCAGAAAAUACUAUUGAAGUGGCAUUUAUUUCAGCUAAGGCUAGGGUAAGUCCACUGAAACCUUUAUCAAUCCCAAGGUUAGAGUUACAAGCUGCUGUCAUGGGCACUAGGCUACUAAGAACUAUACUUGCUGAAAUUGAUAUUCCAAUUGCUAAAAGCUAUUUGUGGUCUGACUCCAAGACUGUUUUACAUUGGAUCCGAGGAGAUGGUAAGAAUUAUAAACAGUUCAUAGCUCAUAGGGUUGGUGAAAUUCAGGAAAGCACUUCACUAGAACAGUGGCGAUAUGUUCCUUCAGAUAAGAAUGUGGCUGAUACUGCAACUCGAUGUCGAAAUUAUUCGAUUGAUGAAAAUUGGUUCGCAGGUCCUGAUUUCCUCUACCAGUCUGAAAGUAAUUGGCCAACAAAUGAUAUUUUUCUAAAUUUCAAGUUAGAUGACGAAAAUGAAAGAAAGCCAUCAUCAAAUUUUGUUGGAAUCAUGAGAUCAUCUGCAGCAGUACUUCCAGAUGUAACCCGUUUCUCUAAAUGGAGAAGAUUCGUCAGAGCCACUGCCUAUAUAAUGAGAUUUGUCAAGAAAUUGAUUGAGAAAUUGAGGAAAAAUGAAAUAACAUAUUCGAAAGAACUAACUGUAGCAGAAAUAGAAGAAGCUGAGAAGAAAUGUUUAGAAAAAAGUCAAAUUGAUAGCUUCCAGGAGGAAAUCAUACAGUUGAAAAAUAAAGAAAGAGUUGAUACAAUAAGCAGAAUUUUUCAACUUUCACCAUUUUUAGAUACCGACAACCUCUUGAAAAUGCACAGUAGAAUCAAUAAUGCUCAAUGCUUAGAAGAAUCUGUAAGAAAACCAAUCAUUCUUGAUCCGAAAAAUAAAAUCACACAGUUGAUUUUGAGAUAUUAUCACGAGAAAUCUAAACAUCAAGGAGAAAACCAAAUUUUGAAUAAUAUCAGACAGAAAUACUGGAUAAUCAAAGGAAGAGGAGCAGUGAAAAAUACCUUCAAAAACUGCUAUUACUGCCGAAGAAGAAAAGCAACUCCUGAUUAUCCAAAGAUGGGAGAAAUACCUUCGAUGAGAUUGACACCAGAAGUGAAGCCAUUUACGCACACUGGAAUCGAUUAUUUUGGGCCAAUGUUUGUAACUGUUGGAAGGCAUAGGGAAAAACGGUGGGGAGUUUUGUUCACCUGCCUGACAAUGAGAGCCAUACACUUAGAGAUCGCCCACACCCUCACAGCUAACAGUACAAUAAUGGCUUUGAGAAGAAUGAUAUCCCGUCGUGGACCCAUCAAACAUUUAUAUUCAGAUAACGGAACAAAUUUUCAUGGUGCAAACGAAGAACUACUGAACUUCAAUAGAGAGAACAACGGAGCAGAAUUAAUGACUGAAUUGACUGAAAUGGACAUUGAAUGGCAUUUCAUUCCCCCUGGGACUCCUCACAUGGGCGGUUGCUGGGAGCGGUUAAUCGGUUCUGUGAAAAAGAUACUUCAGGUUACGUUGAAGGAAGAAGCGCCGAAAGAUGAAGUUCUACACACAUUGUUCCUGGAAGCUGAAUCUAUUGUGAACAGUCGACCCCUUACACACGUUUCAAUCGAUCCAGAUGAUCCUGAUUGUCUAACUCCUAAUCAUCUUCUCAUCAGUUCAGGUACCAAUAAUCAAACGCCUUUCAUUAACACCUUUGAAGAUCAAGAUUUACGAGCGCAAUGGAAGAAGAGUCAACGAUUAGCGGAGAUAUUCUGGUCGAGAUGGGUCAAAGAAUACCUGCCAACGCUUUCCAAGAGAGGAAAAUGGAUAAGUGAUGGCAAACCUAUAGAAAUCGGAGACAUCGUCGUUAUUCGAGAUGGAAAUCUGCCUCGAAAAUCAUGGCCACUCGGAAAGAUUGAGAAGAUAUAUCCUGGAAGAGAUAACAUUAUUCGAGUCGUCGAUGUCAAAACCAAAAAUGGAAUAUUUCGUCGUCCAGUCAACAAACUAUGUCGAUUUGAUGUCAUUGAACGAAUUUCUCAAGUUGAUGUAGAUGUGUUCCAUAAAGUAGCACAUGAAUAUGAAAACCAAGAUGAUGAUAAUGAAUCAUAUUUCUGCCAAAGCCUCGCAAAAUGGAAUGUCCUGAAUCUCACUGAAGGAUAUGAUGCAUUUCGAAAAGAGAUUCAAGGACAAAACUAUAUAACAUUGCCUCAACUUUUGUUGUCAAAGGACCAUAUCAUAGAGAUCUUGCUGAAGCAUCUCAGAUUCAAAAAUGCCUUGUAUAUCCAACCACUUCUUGAAAACAUUGUUGCAGUUGCAAGAGAUCUCCAGAAAGAUUUCUACCCUUAUUUUCCUCAGUUCUUGGAAAUUUUGAUAGAUCUGUUGGAGACCAAAGAUGCUGAACAAAUAGAAUGGACAUUUACAUGCUUGGCAUACCUAUUUAAAUUCUUGUGGAGGCCUCUGGUGAAAGAUAUUAAUACAGUUUUUAGAGCACUUCUACCACUUCUUACUGAAAAUAAGCCUGAAUACAUCAACAGUUUUGCUGCUGAGAGCUUUGCAUUUGUGGCAAGAAAAAUUAAGGAUAAAAAAACAUUUUUGAGACUUCUCCUGAGUUUGGUAAAGAAUGAAGAAGAUGGAAUCAGUGGUUGUGGAAAGCUCCUCUUCCAAAUCAUUUAUGGUAUUGAGGGACAAUUCCAUAGUUGUUCAGAUACCAUGAUCCCAUUUCUAAUAGAAUCUUUGAGUGAUCAAAACCUGCCCCAAGAUGUUUUGUUCAAGGUAUUGGAGGUAGUGGUAAUGAAUAUCCUGAAGCAUAUAUCACCAGCAAAGGGUGAGUUGUUGUGGUUAACAUUUAUCAAUGUCCUGAAUGAUCUCAACAAUAAAUACAAGAUAUGCAAAGAAGAUAAUUUCAUAAGAUGCAUUGAUAAUAUAUUGAAAUUAGUUGGCCAAUGUACUGAAUAUAAGAAGGGACAUUUUUUACAAAAUCCUGUUAUGCUAAUUGAGGUAAUGAUUGCAUUAUUGAAUAAUUGUCAUGAAACUGAAAAUAUUGUGUUGAAGAUAAGUCAGAUUAGUAUUCUAAUUCUCUCUUUGAAAAACUUGAAACUUUCCCAAGAACAUGCUUCUUUGUUGAUAAGAAAAUUGUUAUCUACAACACAUGAGUCAGUGUUUUUAUACUUUGUGUUUAAUGUAAAAUCUUGUUCUUAUUUUGAAGGAACAAUUCUACCCAAUUUUUUGAGAUACUGUAUUAAAACUGAAUUGAAUAAUGAAUGUUUCAAGGUCCUAACAAAACUUAUAAUGGAUAAAGCACCACUCUGCAUUGAUAGCAUUAAUUUACCUAAAUGGCAAAAAUACCUUAUUGAUUUCAAAGAAAAUAAUACAAUCAUCUUGAAUUUGUUGCUCAAGAAAAUGGAAAAUGAUGGUGGCCAAUUUUUGAAUAAGUAUGAGGACUAUUAUUACAGUUUAAUUUGCCUACCACAUUUGAAGUUGAGUUUAGAGGCUACUGAAAAAGUUACAUCCUCAUUGGAGACAAAUAUAAUAUUCCUUUUAGGUCAGGUGCAGUAUGAUGAAGAGAAUAAAUGUGCUCUCAAAAAAAUAUUGUUCUUCUUAAAUGCAUCAAUAGAGUGCUUUGUUCAUGUACAUAGUGAUGUCAAACAACUAAAGUGCAUAUUUCUUAAUAAUAUCUUUGAUCAAAUUUUGCCACUCACUUCAAAUCCUGAAUAUAUUUCUAGUUUAAAAACAUUGAGUUUAAUUUUAUAUGCACUCAGAGAUGAAAAUGACAUAAUAAAACUUAGCACUCUCAUCAAAAUGAAUGAAGUUAUGGAGAAAAACUUCAGCUCACCUUAUCGAGAAAUAAGACUAUUAACAAGUUAUAUUUAUACCUUUUUUGAAAAUAUUCCUGACUUUGAUUUGUCUCACAGUACAGAUCCAGAUGUCCCAUUAGAAAAAUGGUCCAUUUUUUCAAUUAUCUACAAUGUAGAAUCAAUCGUGCCUCAUGUUCAUACCUACAGAGAUCAACUACAAAACUUGGAAAAACUCCAAUAUGACAUGCCACAGAUGAAAAUGGGUAUCCAGACACCAUUUAAAUUGAUACCACUUCGCUAUUUAUGUAGUGUUUUAUACAUUAAUUUUCAAUUACUUUGGGAACCUGUAAUGAAAAUAAUUGCCUCACAUGCUGUCAAUACAGAAAUUAACGAAUUUUGGAAUAUAUUUGGUAGUGAGUUGAAAGAGGUUUGCAAAAAUUCAAAAAACCCUGCAGAAUAUGCAAUUGUUGUUCUGGAAGGAGCCUCCCAUUUACUAAAUGAAAUGUUUCAAGAGUCUGAAAAGUUGAAUUCAAAACCAGAUUUUCUCAAUUAUCGAAUUCUAUUAUGGAAAGCUCUGGUUCAAUUUUCAAGUGUUGCAGAAGCUAAAACGAGAGAUACCUCAGAAUUAUUGCUUAAAUUCAUUGAGUCUGAAUAUGCAAUAGCUAAUUCGGAAGUAGCUCCAUUUCAGAGCAUAAAACAGAAUACUUUGACAGGUAAAAAUGAGCCGAAUGUGACUGAGAACAAUCCUGACACCAAGAAAAAAUCAUCCAACAAAGUGUAUAUACAAACAUUGUUACAAAAGUUGAAAGUAUUUUCUCAGUUUCUUAGUCCACUGUCAAUGUACCGUGAACCUGAAUUAUACAAACUCUACUUCGACCUGCUGCAACACAGAGAUUCAAAUAUCCAAAAAGCUGCUUUAGACUGCAUCAUGACUUACAAACACAAAUAUUUAAUACCAUACAAAGACAGCUUAUAUAAUUUAGUAGAUGACCAAAACUUCAAACAUGAAAUUACCUCAUUUAGAGUCGAUCAAGAUAGCAACAUUGUACUUACAGAACAUAGAGAGGGAUUGAUUCCUGUGGUGAUGCAAAUUGUAUUCAGCAAAAUGACUGUUAAAAGUGGAUUGAGAACUGGUGGUAAAUCCUCAGGGCAGAUGAGAAGAAGUUUGAUCUUGAGAUUUCUAGCUGGUUGCCAGGAGCAGGAAAUGCUGAAUUUUUUGCAGAAAACUUUGAAGUUGUACAACAGGUUCAUUAAGUCUGAUCCUGUGAACAUCAUAAAACAUAUACAGGAGAAUACUGAUUUAGAACUGUUUUUUCCUCUGAAAAGAAUUCAAAGUACUGUGAAUUUAUUGCAAGUAAUUUUCGAUCAGUGUGGUGGUUUAAUGGGAAAUGAUAUUUUGACAUAUCUUUUGAAUAUUCUCAUUGCAAUUGGGGCGCUUCUGAAGUAUGCAUUUGAUAACAUUGACCAAGUGCACUCUGGAUAUUUGGCGACCUUGAGGACGAUCAGAACUUCAUGUAUAAAAAUUAUAGGCAGAUAUUUUGAGCAAUUUGAGAACUACCCUUGGACUAAAUCACAAAUUAACGGUAUUUUUGAAGUGUUUGUGUGGCCAUAUUUGACUAAAUUAUACACAGAAGGCAUACAUAGCCCAACGGCCUUAUUAAAACUCUUCAAGAUAUGGAGUUCUAAUUCACGAAAUUUUCCUCUGCUUGUUAAAUGUAGGGACAGUGAUAAUUUACAUGUUUUACCACAUAUAGUAAAACUAUUACUCAAUGAGAAAUGUAAUUUCAGCGUUGUUGAUGUUGUUGAAGAAAUUUUGCAAAAUUUGUUGACUUUGGAAUUUGAUCAAAGUGUGCAAACAUAUCUACCAAUAGAUAACCUGUUACCAGUACAAAAAGAAAUCAGACCAAAUUGUAAGUUUACUUAUGGCAUUUCUAUUUUGAUACCACAUGUAUCAAUCAUACUCGAUAAAAUUAAAAGAAAACUACAGACCAAAACAAAGAGUUUGAAUGAAAGAGAGUUAUUUAUUUUAUCAGGAAUUUCUGAGAUGGUACUAGAACCAGAAAUGAGCGACAAGGUCCUGAACCUUCUGUUACCAGUUGUUCGUAAAAAGUGUAACGUAUCGUUUCCAGAAGAUCUUACCCUGAAAUAUAUAAAAACCGUACACAACCUUAUCAGGAACGUUGAGAAGCCCGAGGUUCACCUUGAAGAAUUGUCGCCCUUAUUCGCAGAAAUAGCAUACCCAUCCUGUCGAAAACUGUUGUGCCAAAGCCUACAUAUAAUAGCUAAUAAUGCAAAUGAAGAGAAACUUAAAUCAGCUGCAGAGUUCAUUUCAGAAUUAAAUGCAUUUGAUCAGAAGUGGCUAGACCAGCCAGAUUUUGAACGACGUCACAAAGCUUUCAAAAAAAUUCACGAGAAUAUCGAUGCUGGAGAUGUUAGUGUCCCAUUGGGCGUUCUCGUUAUUUUCAACUGUUGUUUUUUCCUUGAUAGUGAGAAAGAUUUAUCACUCAAGGAAAACAGCUCUCACACAUUGAAGCAAGUAUCUUCGGAAUUGGUGAAGAAGAAUAGUCGACACAUGGACUAUAUUCUCAACAAGACACUGUUCAACGUUAUAAGAACGGGUUUCAAAAAUUCGAAGGAGGACAUUCGCAAUGAAUAUGUUUCUUUAUUGGGUCAUUUGGCCAGAGAGUGCCCAGACAGUCAUUUCAUGCUAAGAGAUCUGAAUGUAUACACGAACAAGAACGACAUAGAAGUAGAUUUCUUUGAGAAUUUAGUUCAUCUUCAGAUUCACAGGCAUGCGAGGGCCCUUUUGAAAUUCUGUCAAAUAACUAGAGACCAAGUGACAGUAUUGAAUCCUAGGACUCUGAUGCAGUUUGUUAUGCCUUUGGCCUCCCAUUACCUUCUCAAAGAAAAAUUCUCUAACAAGAACAGUGUCGUUGACGCUGCCAUUGAAACUAUUGGUCUUGCUUGUAGAGUUUUACCUUGGCAUCAGUAUGAAGCAGUAUUGAAAUACUACCUUUCAAAACUAGGCUCCAAACUUGAUUAUCAAAGGCAGCUUGUUCGUUUGUUAGUAGCUAUUUUAGACUCUUUCCAUUUUGAUCUUAGAAAAGGUAGUAUGAAUGAAAAUGAUAAAGAGAAGACACCAGUUGCUGUUCAGGAACAUAUAAUGUCAACAGAGAAAGAAGAUGAAGAGACACAUUUGGAAGAUAUAGAAAUAGGUGAUGCAGAUGAAAAUGAAGAAGAAUCUGAAGCUGAAGAGGAAGUAGGCAGUGACAAAGGAAAGCAGGCAAUUAGUAUAUGCGAAAAAGUUACUAUAUUAUGUAAGUCAGCAGCAACCAGAGUGAUAAAAACUAUCGAAUCAGUGCUUUUACCAAAAUUGCACAAAUCAUUAGCACAAAUGACUCAAUAUGAAAGCUCGCACAAACUGAAUAGAAGGAACACAAACUUUUCACAAGCCGAAGAAGAUCUACUGCGAGUUCCAAUAUCUUUAGCUGUGGUGAAACUUUUACAAAGACUACCGAAUCAUAUAUUGGAACAUAACCUUCCUGGAGUUUUCAUGAAAAGCUGCACUUUCCUCAAAUCGCAUUUGGAAAGUGUAAGAAGAGUGGCGAGAGAAACUUUACAAAAAAUCAUGGUUACCUUAGGGCCGAAAUACUUGGGAUUAUUGUUGAAUGAGAUGGCUUCACUGUUGAACCGAGGAUUUCAAGUGCACGUUCUAGUUUUUACUGCUCACGGAGUUUUGCAUUCCUUGAAAGAUCAAUAUGAGCGCACAGACCUUGACAAAGUGCUACUGACAGUACUCGAUAUGUGUAAAGCUGAUCUUUUCGGCAUUCUAUCAGAAGAAAAAGAAGUUGCUAAGAUUGCUGUCAAAGUAGCAGAGGCAAGACACUCAAAAUCCUAUGAUACACUUCACAUUUUAUCUCAAUACAUCACCGAAAGAUGUUUGUUAGAUAUUCUUCUACCGUUCAAACAAAUAUUGGAUACUUCGCAUUCUUUCAAGACAGUCCAGAAAACGCAAACUGCAUUGAGAUUCAUUGCACAGGGUUUGGUUGAGAACAGUUUUGUGACGACAGAGUCUUUGUUAAAAUUUGCGUAUGGUACAGCAUCCAAAAGCAUACCUCAGUUGAUCCCGAAGGAAAAGAAAAAGCCAACUGAGAAUGAAAGUGAAAAACUUUUGAUUCAGAAAGAAGACUGUUUCAUAAUUCCAAAAAUUCCUGGUAACAGAAAAGCAUAUCGUACGCAAAAUGUCAAGACGUCCGCAGAAACAAAUGCUCAUCUACUGGUUGAAUUUGGUUUGAGACUUUGUCACAUAAUGUUGAAAAAAGACAAACUAAGAGGUGAAGAAUAUACAAAAUUCAUAGAUCCAUUCAUAAUGAUAUUUAGAAAUUGUCUUAAAUCGAAACAUGUAAAACUGAGCACUAUUACAUUACAGUGUCUUUCAUGGGUUCUCAAAUAUGAUUUACCAUCACUCAGAAUCAAUAUCAAAAUAAUAGUAAAAGACAUUUUCGCCAUAUUGCACAAGUAUGCCUCAGCUGGUUUGAGCAAAGGUGAUAACUUUGAUCUGGUUUUAUCAGCGUUCAAGGUGAUGGCAGUUCUAGUAAGAGAUGUCAAGUAUUAUACCAUAGAUACCAACCAACUGAAAAUUCUUCUUUUGUAUGUAGAACAGGACAUCCAUGACCAUGACAGGCAAGCUAUUGCUUUUAAUCUACUUAAAGCGAUCAUCGCUAGGAAGGUUAUCACACCCGAAUUGAACGAAGUUAUGGAAAAAAUAGCAGAAUUGAGUAUCACGUCUGAACUAGAUCACGUGAGAGCUCAAGCACGAUCAGUAUUCCACCAAUUCUUCAUGGAGUAUCCUUUAGGCAAUUCCCUAGAGAAACAUCUCGGGUUCUACCUUUCUCAAAUGAGUUAUGAAUUGAAGUACGGUCGAGACUCUUCUAUAGAAAUGAUCCAGACACUUAUAAACUCAUUUCCCCUGGAUGUCCUGAAGGGUCAGAGUGGAACCUUGCUUAUAACUCUAGGAGCGAGAUUGGUUAACGACGAUGAACCAGAUUGCAGGAAAAAAAUUGCAGAGUGUAUAUCUUCAAUGUUGAAAAAGUUGCCCAAAGCGGAUCGUAAUCCUCUUUUUGACGUUAUCAUCAUUUGGAUGCAAGACAGGAAUAUAAGUCAUUGCCGACUUGGGGCUCAGUUGUGUAGCAUUUUUGUCACAGUCGAGAAAACCGAUUUCGAAAAUCGCCUCCCACGUCUCGAGCCUUUGGUUCUGAAACAGUUUGGACUAGAUAAUACUCCUGGAAAAUUAGUGAAGGUCCAAAAAGCCGAUAACAGACAGGACCCUGAAGAAUAUCAACGGAUCAAGGAUCAUCAUUUAUUUCAAGUUUUGCAACUGGUACUCAAAAUUUGCAUGCACUGUCCUACAUUUUUGAAGCACAAAGAUGUCGUUGAGAAUUUGGCCGUCCAUGUUCAGACAUUGUUGAAUUAUCCCCACGAUUGGGUACGAUUAGCUGCAGCACAGUUCAUCGGAUAUGUUUUGUCUACAAUUGAUAUUGAUCAUUUGUCGAAGCUUCUGACAUCUGAUCAGCAAAACGGAGGUGGUUAUCUAUAUAAUGAUCCAGUGAACGCAGUGAAAUCUCUAACAUUGGAUCUGUGCGAUCAGCUGCAACCCAACGGUGUAAAAAGUGAGUUAGCCGAACAGGUUAUCAAGAAUUUGAUAUUCGUCGCCAAAGUUUUACAAGACAUUCCUUUGAAAACCGCCGAAGGAGAAAAUCAAUUGAAUAUUUUAUGGUUGGCCAAACGCAUGCGUAAAAUAGUGAACACAGAAAUCGUUGAGGACGCAUCUAGCACAACACUACGUACCGAGGUAUUCAAGUGGAUAGCUGGGGUUGGUACGGCCCUGGAAAUCAAGAAUAUCUUACCAAUUAUACACCAUUUACUAGCACCCUUGGUUAGAGAAAUGACUUCUACUGAAGAAAAAAAUGCCCCGUUGCGGCAGCUGGCCAAAGAAGUUUCGAAUUUGUUCAAGAAUAAAUUGGGCAUAGAAAAAUAUACGAGUAUCUUAUCAAAACAGCAACAAACGCUGUCAGUGAAGAGGGCAGAAAGAAAGCGGGCAAGAACCCAACUUGCUGUAACCGAUCCGGAAUCUUUUGCGAAGAAAAAAAUUAAACGGCACGAGAAGAAAAAAGAAUCGAAAAAGCGGAAAAUUACUCAGCUGAAAGGUACGAAGAGGAAUUUCAAAAAGAGGAAAACUGUUGAUUUGGAAGAUAGCUCUGAGAUUUUUUAA